AUGAUAACGAUCACAAUUCGAUUGAUUGGUGAAAGCGAUGAGCGCCUGAUUGAACUUGACGUACAAAAAAAGAUUCUUCGCUAUGACCUACAAAAGAAAAUUGAAGCUGUGACCCAUAUUCCGACACAGUUCCAAAAAAUUCAGUUGCGAGGUGAGGAUCUUCCUGUUGUUGAGCAGCCCAUUCGGAACAUGAAAUUUGGAGAAGAACUGCAUGUGAAGCACUCGGAACUACCUUUGUGGGAGCAGUAUAAGAGCCAUGUUAUCAUUGCUCUCAGGCCAGGCCAUGAACGACAACGCAAUGCCAUUUUUGCAGUGGAAAUCCACAAGCUACUCUCGGAGAGCAAUUUUUUCAGUGUAUACUGGAGCUAUAACGUCUUUCGUGUAGAAAACCAUCAUAAGAUAAUGUCAUAUAGUGACGGCAACAUUCAAAUGAUGAAAGAAGCAACUAGAAGCCAUUUUCUCCGACAGCAUUAUGAAAACGGUGCACAUGAUGAGACGACCUUCACCUGCCGUUUUGAAGCUCGUCCGGACGAACUUGGUGGAUCUCGCAAGAAUACGCUUGCCUUCAUUCAACUAUAUGGACAAAAAAAAGAAACUAAAUAUAAUAUUAAGUAA